AAUCUGAUGUUUCAAACAUCAUUAUUCAAAAUUUUUUGUUCAGCAGCAAUCGUAUAAUUUUAUCCAGAAAUAUAAUGGCGGAUCGACCACCUCAACCAGAAUGGGGCAUCAAGUUUUCAAAAUUCUUCAUUAUUCCCCAACGGGUUAUACUGGCCAUCAUGGGAUUCUUGGCUAUUGUUAACGCCUACACCAUGCGAAUUUGCCUCUCGCAGGUCAUCACGGUGCUGGUGGUGAAGAAGAACAUCACGAAUCACGCAGAGGCAGCAGUUUGCGAGCCAGAGGACGGGGAUAAGGCGACAAGUCGGCCUGGCGGCGACUUCGAGUGGUCGGAGAGUUUGCAAGGCCUCAUCCUCGGAUCCUUCUAUAUCGGAUAUGUUGUCACCCAUGUUCCCGGAGGAAUGUUGGCGGACAAAUUUGGAGGAAAGUGGGUCCUUAGUCUGGGCAUCUUAAUGACAGCAUUCUUUUCCUUUUUAACGCCAAUUUGCAUCAAAUUGGGCGCAGCUCCUGCUCUGAUCACGCUGCGCGUCCUGAUGGGUGUCGGCGAGGGCACCACCUUCCCAGCACUGAGCGUCCUGCUGUCCGCCUGGGCACCGGCAACCGAGCGAGGCAAACUAGGAGCUCUUGUCAUGGGUGGAUGCCAAAUGGGCAGCAUAGCAGGCAAUUUAUUUUCCGGUUUGAUCCUCGACAGGUACGACUGGCCAUGGGUCUUCUACAUCUUCGGCGCGGUGGCUGUACUGUGGUUCAUCCUUUUCACACUGCUGUGCUUCAGUUACCCCCAUUCCCAUCCGUUCAUUAAGCCAAAGGAACGGGAAUUUCUAAUGAACGAGAUUCCCCAACCGAAGGAGAAACCCCCAGUGCCGUGGAAGGCGAUCCUCACCAACGUGCCGAUGUGGUCCCUAAUCAUCUGCCAAAUCGGCCACGACUGGGGAUUCUUCGUCAUGGUGACGGACUUGCCCAAGUACAUGGCCAAUGUCAUGCGGUUCUCGAUCAAAUCCAAUGGAUUCUACUCCUCUCUGCCCUACGUUGUUAUGUGGAUAGUGGCGCUAAGCAGUGGAUUCGCGGCAGAUGCGAUUAUCAAAAAUGGAUGUAUGAGCACGACCAAUAUUCGGAAAAUUUUAACUGGUAUUGCCGCGUUCGGCCCCGGUAUUUUCAUUGUGGCGGCCUCGUAUGCCGGAUGUAACCGCCCCUUGGUGGUGGGGCUCUUCACCAUCGCCAUGGGUACGAUGGGCAGCUACUACGCCGGCAUGAAGCUGACACCCCUGGACAUGAGCCCCAACUACGCUGGCACUCUGAUGGCCAUGACGAACGGAAUCGCUGCCAUCUGCGGUUUCGUCGCGCCCUACGUGGUGGGCGUAAUGACUCCGAAUGCCAACAUGACUGAAUGGCGCGUGGUGUUCUGGUUGUCCUGCGGCAUCCUCUUCGCCACGGUUAUUGUGUACCUCAUCUGGGCAUCGGGGGAAGUCCAGCCCUUCGACGAUGGCACCAAUUCCAACAAAAAGAAGGAGCAACCACCCAAAUGAGAGAAAUGGACAUUCAGAAAUUCUCUGUGUUUCAAGAUACUGGCUCUGGCUAUUGCUUUCAUCGUUUUUACAAAUUCGUAAUUUUUGGAUUUACGUUUUUAUCGAUCUUUUGUAAAGCAGUACUUCAUGCUUUGGUACAUUCACUUUGUGAAGCUUCGAUUUUCAAAGCGGACCUUUAUCCGGAAAGAAGUAAAAAAUAGAUACUUUUAUGAUUGAGA